CUUCCUCUUUUAUAUCUAAGAAGAUUAUCAGUGACAGAUUUUUCAUUCUUACUUCUCUAACGUUGAUUAUAAACUAGCACCAUGGCAGACAUUCUCAGAUUUUAUAGCUCGGUGUCUAGAUUCUCAUAACUGUGAAGAAGAUGGUAUUUUUAUCCAACCUGGGUCAUGUCUCAAAGAAAAUGUAAACUGAAUCCUUUUCAUUUUCUUUUCAAAUUACUCAUGGAAACAUGUACAUCAAAUGGCAAAACAAAGAAUUAGGAAACAUGGUAUUAGGGGAACAUGCUGUAUGGUACCUGGGCCCAAAGGCUGCUGUGAGCUUGAGUGGUUCUUUCUCCCUUGGAUGUGUGAGAACUGCUACACAGGAAAAAGGAAGAGAUAGACUCACAUCAGUGAAAAUGCCCACGCCAAGUGUGGGCAUGUGAAAGCCUUCUUGGGUGGUUCCUGUCCUUUCAAAGCUUCCUGUAUGACUUGCCUUUGGGUUACUGGUUAUGAUUUCUCCAUUUCUAGUUUUAGAAAUGAAAAAGACACCUAGGAAGGAGCUUCAAAUCUCCAUAUACUCUCCUCUGGCCACUGAAGCCAUGACAGAAACAAGAAACAAGGGAGAAAGACCCAUGCUCUGUUUGAGCUGGAUGUUUCUUUGGCUUACCACAGGAGCAAGAAUUACAGGAUUUGAUCUUUCAGACUGUUCCACCCAAAAACUCCUUUGGAAAUAUUCUGCAAAGAGUGAAGAGUUUGUCUUAUUUUGUGACUUAACACAGUUGCAAAAAUCACAUUUCUCCCACAGACAUCAACGAAACCCAGAACAGCCAUUUUGUAAUGGUAGUUCUGAUCCAGUAGAUAUCCAGUGGUAUUUACAGUAUCAGAAUGGAGGGACAUUGGAGAAGAUUACUAACCAGUACUCUCACAUCGCCAUUCAGGACAAGAACAUGCUUCGCAUUUUGAACCCAGAGACGAAUAAUACUGGCUCAUACAUUUGCAGAGCCAGGAUGAGGAGCCCCCAAGAUGUGGCCUGUUGUGUCAAGAUAACUGUAGAAGUUAAGCCUCAGAUAAUUAGACACUGCAAAGAUACAGUACAACAAAUGCAAUACCUCAUACUUGGUACCACUGACAACAUUUAUUGUCCCAGUCUCAACUGUCAAAGUCAAGAUGCACAAAGACCAGAGGUGACCUGGUACAGGAAUGGAAAACUCCUCUCUGAAGAAAAGAAAAAUUGGAUCAAAGUGAAGGAAACAUUUGUCUAUCACCAGGGCAUGUAUGUGUGUGACUAUACUCAGUCAGAUAAUACGAGUUCAUGGACAGUUAGAGCUGUUGUUCAAGUCAGAACCAUUGUUGAAGACACCAAGAAGAAACCAGAUAUUGUGAAUCCCAUCAAAAACAUCUUGGAAGUAGACCUUGGAAAGCCUUUCGUCCUGCCCUGCAAAGUACGAUUUGGCUUCCAAAGGGACUUUCGACCUAUCAUAAGGUGGUACAGCAGGAAUUCCACCCAGGAGUGGGAAAUCCCACUAUGUGAGGAGAAAAGAAUUCAAUUGGCUCCCAAGGAAGAAGAAAUUGAAGGUGUUAUCUGCUUGAAAGAAGUCAAAAAGAAACAUCUGAGCAGAAAGUUUGUUUGUUUUGCCCAGAACUCCAUUGGCAACAUAACCAAGACCAUCCAACUGACGGAAAAGAAGGGAGUGGUGUUCGUGUACAUCCUGCUUGUCACCAUCAUCACUCUGGUGGGCUUACUGGUGGCAAGUGCUCUCCUCUACAUCUACUGGAUUGAAAUAGUGCUUCUAUGCCGAACCUACCAGAACAAGGAUGAGACUCUUGGGGAUAAGAAGGAAUUUGAUGCUUUCGUGUCCUAUGCAAAAUUGAACUCUUUGGAGAAUGAGGCCUCUUCUGAUCUGAGUGAGGAACACUUGGCUUUGAAUCUGUUUCCUGAAGUUUUGGAAAACAAAUAUGGAUAUACUUUGUGUUUGCUUGAACGAGAUGUGGCUCCAGGUGGAGUGUAUACAGAAGACAUCGUGAGCAUUAUUAAGAAGAGUAGAAGAGGGAUAUUUAUCCUGAGCCCCAACUACAUCAAUGGACCCACAACUUUUGAACUACAAGCAGCAGUGAAUCUUGCCUUGGAUGAUCAAACCCUGAAACUGAUAUUAAUUAAGUUCUGUUCUUUCCAAGAGCCAGAGUCUCUACCUUAUCUUGUCAAAAAAGCUCUCCGGGUCUUACCCACAGUCACUUGGAGAGGCUUAAAAUCAGUUCGUCCCAAUUCCAGGUUCUGGACCCAAAUGCAUUACCACAUGCCUGUGAAAAAGAGAAAGAGUCAAGCAGAACCAGCUCAGAACUCUUUCACGGGGGUUUCCUCUGGAAAGGCCUGGGUGAACCAGGAACCAAGGAGAGGAGCUCCCAUCCCAGGAAACGGUGAUCCAGUCGGGAUCCCCUUUCUCCCCAGCUCCUGAGGGGAGAGGUUCUGGCAGGCCAAAGGUCCUGUUUGGACCAGGAUAACAGCGAAUGGAGUCUUGAGCAAGCUCCACAAGCAAUUGAACAAGACUGAGGAUGAGGUUUAAGCCUUUAAUUUUCUGGUCUGGACAGAGGGAUAUGGAUUCAUUUGAAAUACAUUUGGAGCUUGACACACCCCAAGAUUUUCCAAGUACCCUGAGUUGAAUCCUCAGAUACAGCCACUGCUGCUUUUAGGCUAUAGACUAUCAGACAUCUAAUGCAUGUGGUGUAUUUCCAUUUGCAUGUAUUUGCAAUCAAAUAAAUAUUAUUUU